AUGUCGUCCGCCGCUGGUCCUUACCUGCGCGGUCUGCGCAAGAGCCAACUGACCGAGCUCGCCGAAAUAUCCGAUCUAAAAGAUUAUGCCGACCUCAAAAAGCCCGAGCUCGAACUCGCUUUGGACGACCAUUUGCGCGCCAACAGCUCCAUCUUUUCUGGCGAGAAGCGCCUUUCCGACUACUACAGACGUCUGUCGCAGCCUUCGCGCGUGUCAUCACCGGUAAAGAAAGAGCCAAAGGCCGAGGCGUCUACUCCGUCCACCGAGGAAAAGAAGUCGUCGCGUAGACGCAAAACCUCUGUUGAAGCUGAGGAAAGCGACGGUGCAAAGACACCUGUGUCAACUACUGUUGCUGCUGUCGCCGCGCGCACUCCGGCACGCUCCCCAUUGUCGUCGUUCGUGUCACUGCCACCGUCGCCUGCCGUCGUCACUGAUGCCAUUGAUCGCCAGACGACCAUUGUACGCGAGAAGGUGUCUACGGCGUGGACAAAGUCCGGCAUCUCGGAGCGCAGGGACGCGCUGCGUUCUGCGCUGAGCAGUGUCAAGUCAAUUGAAACCAUUAUUGUUGUUCUGGAAUUGAUCGGCUUGUUUCGCGAGUUGAUUCCUUUGCGCUAUCUGACAACCGUUCCCGCUGUUGAGACUGUCUCGACACCCGAGUUUUCCGUCAAGAUCCCGGACUUUUUCAUCCUGAUUACGGGCGGUUUCUGGGCGCCAUUCUUCCUUUGGGGCUUGACUAGCUUGGCCCUGCCAUUGACUUUUGCCUAUUUCUUCAAUCUGAGCCUCAAUGCGCAGUCUACCCAUUCGCACAACACCCGUCGCGCUUCUGCGGUUGCGCAGGAACUGGCCAGCUUUGAUCCCUUGGUGUAUAACAUUACCAAGGCCUUGAUUGCAUACUUUGUAUAUGCAAACCAUUUCACUUUCUGGAAUGCCUUUAGCCAUUUCUCCGUGGAGAGAGUGAAUGGGGCUAUCCCUGGACAAUGGACUGGUCUUGUCACGGGAUCUGCCAUUGGUAUCCUUACCAGUUUGUACGAAGCUGUUUUGCGGAAGUGA